CCAAUGACGUUGUGUCAGGAAAGGACAACAGGAAGUACAUGUCUUCUUGGUAAUGGGACAUGACAAACCUGCGGUUUGCUGGACAGCAAAAUACGCCGCAGUGCGAUGGAUUAUGUUGUCCGUCGUUUGGACACAGUAGCUCGUUGGGCAAACGGAGUACCACCGAACGCACCGAUAGCAGCUGCGUUUUGUGGCUAAGUGGUCCGUCCACUUAGUGCUAGGUAGCUAACGCCGGGGCUAACGUCUGAAGGAGUAAGGCUCGCUAAGGAGCUAGUAACGUGAGUUUACCUGCAAAAACGGCUGCUGUUGGAAUCAGAAAGGGAACAAUUAUAAUGAGCCAAAGCACCUCCAGUUACCGAAGCAGUGCUUUUACAACAGACAUGUUUCCAUGAGUGCCUUGUACUACGGUUUUGUCAAACCGGUGCUCGUCUGUUUCAGGGAAAGGUCUGUGUUCGAUGAGGAUUAGCAGACUGCACGUUUGAGGGCUAGACGACAUGAAUUCUGUUUCCCCCACAACGGCACAAUACGUAGGGGUGGUGAUGCAGGAUGAGCUGUUGGAGAGCCAGAGACAGCAGCGCAUGGAGCGGCAAAGCAGCUUGGGUCUCAGGCCGCCUCAGACGCCUGAUCCCAGUAGAGAGGCCCCCGGGGAGCCUGAUGAGAUGGACAAACUGAAAGCCAAACUAAUGUCGGCCUGGAACAACGUCAAAUAUGGCUGGACUGUGAAGUCUAAAACCUCCUUCAACAAGAUUUCACCAGUCACUGUUAUGGGACACUGCUUUCUGCUCAACAGUGAGGAUGAGGUGGAGCGGUUCCGACUGGCUUUUGUCUCCAGGAUUUGGUUAACCUACAGGAAGGAUUUCCCCCAGCUGGAGGGCUCCACCUGGACCACAGACUGUGGCUGGGGCUGUAUGCUGCGCAGUGGCCAGAUGCUACUGGCACAGGGGCUCCUGGUCCAUUUGAUGCCGAAAGAUUGGGCUUGGCCAGAUGCUCAGCAGCUAACAGAUGUGGACUUUGAGGUGUUUAGACCACGCUCCCCGGUCCGUGCCGGAGGGGUCCCCAUACCUUCCUUUAGUUCUCCACGAGGCUCUAACACGCCUGAGAAAACCCUGCCUAGUGAUCACGGCCUAAAAUGCAGCCAGAGGAAGAGGCCUGAGUCUGCAAGGGACAGGCAGGCAGAGUCCAUCCACCACAAGCUGAUUACCUGGUUCGGGGACCAGCCCUCAGCUCCUUUUGGAGUUCACCAGCUAGUGGAAAUUGGCAAAAGUUCCGGGAAGAAAGCUGGUGAUUGGUACGGCCCCUCUGUAGUGGCACACAUUCUACGGAAAGCUGUAGCCAGAGCCUCUGUAGUCCAAAACCUUGCAGUGUAUGUGGCCCAGGAUUGUACAGUGUAUAAAGACGAUGUGGUUCAUCUAUGUGAUACGUCCCCAAAAAAGACUCCUCCUGAUCCACUGAGCCAAGCCUGGAAGUCUGUUAUCAUUUUGGUACCUGUCCGGCUCGGAGGAGAGGCCCUCAACCCUUCUUACAUCGAAUGUGUCAAGAACAUCCUGAAGCUGGAUUGUUGUAUUGGAAUCAUCGGGGGGAAACCGAAGCAUUCGCUGUUUUUCAUCGGCUUCCAAGAUGAGCAGCUGCUGUAUCUGGACCCUCACUACUGCCAGAAUGUGGUUGAUGUCACACAAGGGAACUUCUCACCGGAGUCUUUCCACUGUACUUCUCCCAAGAAGAUGCCCUUCAGUCGUAUGGAUCCCAGCUGCACCAUUGGCUUUUACGCUCAGAACAAAAAGGACUUUGAGUCGCUAUGUUCUGCUGUUAGCGUAGCGCUGUCAUCAUCUAAGGAGAAGUAUCCCAUCUUUACCUUUGUAGAGGGCAAAGGUCAAGACUAUGGACUUGACAGCCAGAGUACAAAUCACAGUGGACCUGCAGCUCACAUCCUGCCUCUGGGCCAAUGGUGCAGGAGCAACAACAGAAGUAACAGUGAUGAGUUUGUGUUUCUGUGAAGCCUGAGGAGAACGCUCCCUCUCACCUGCAGGGGGCAGAGACUGACGCUUACCUUUCCAACUCAUCUCUGCUGCUAGGGCAGCUGCAGGGUGGACAUUACUCUUUGUUGCUCCUUCUGGUGAACGAAGACAAAAACUGCGGCUCCUCUUAUCACACCUGUGCACAUUGUUGAACUGAGCAAAACAGGAUGGCUGGGUGGAGUGUUUUUUUUUUUACUGAGUAAAAGCAUGGAUUCAAGUGAAUUACGCUUAGAAGUGUAAUUUAAUCAGACCUUACAAAGCUUAAAGACAAGCUCUGAGCAAAGUAAAGCUCCUCUCCAUUCUUCAACUGGAUUUCAGCUACUGUUUUCACAUUGAUUUAAGCUGUGAUCUACAUGGCAGACAAUACGCUGACUGGAUGGGCGAACUGCUGCCUGGUGUUGUUCCUAGCUUGUAUUAUAUUCCAGCUGUUGUACAUCAUCUUGUUCAUUCUUCGACUUCAUUCAUUUGGGCUACGAAUGUGUGUUUGAUCGUGAGUUAGUGUGACCUUGUUGUAGUUUGUUUUGUCUUUUUAAAAAUUGUAAUGCUGUAUUUAAGAAUCGUUUUCUUUCCAGAGCAUCCAGAAGAGCUGUAAAUUCAGUCCGGCCCUCGGCACACGGUGGUCUCUUCAUUAUUUAUCACUGAGAAUAUGAAACCCUGACAAACGUUUACUGUUACACUUCCUAAAGAAGAGGAAUGUCUUUACUUUGUUAAACUGUGGCUUUUAAGCAGGUUUACAAACUUAUCUGAAGUUAAAUUUGCAAAUACUGGACUCUUUUUGGUGUCUCUUUUUCUUCUUUCAGAGUUUUUAAUUUAUAUUCUGGAUUUUAUUUGGCAAAGUUAAUAGGUCAAUAGGACCUCAGUUCACUGGAUCUUCAAGCUGCUGUGGCGAUGUCAUUUGGGAUUUGUUUGUCUUUUUUAUAUGACGCCUAAUGCCUCUAAUUGCACUACAGUUUUUAUGUGUGAUGUCAUGAUUAAACCUUAAACACUGGAAUCAAA